GGGGCAUCCGUUCUACAGAACUGCCUUCCUUUCGCCCCCGCAGCAAUCGACCACAACUACCUCCACGCAGCCCUACGCUUGCGGCCCAACGAGGUCCUGGAGGGGGACAUCGUCGAGUUCGGUGCUCGAGGUGAACCGCUGCUGGCCGAGCUUCCCGACUACCAGCGGCGUGCGGGGGACACCGUGCACUGCUACCUGUCCGAUAUCGGCGACCCUACACGUGGACUACCAGGGGGCAAAGGCGGCCUCCGGGAGAUGGAGAACAAGAUGAACACUCAUGGUGGUAGCAGUGGGGACGCCCCCAACAGCCCCUCCGGGGGGGGGAAGCGCAAAAUGGAUACCCAGGAGGCACUUACCAUCGACACCAUCAGGGCCGCAAUCCAAGAGGAACUUCGCCUUGAGAGAAGGGAGCUGAAAAGGGAGCUGCUCGCAGAAGUGCGGGAGGUACGCGAAGAAGUUCGGGGGCACCUGAGGGACACCAACCGCAUCCUCAAGGACCUCCAGGCGCUUCAGACGAUGCAAGGGGACGACCUCCGCAAGCUCGACCAUGUGCAACAACAUCAGGCGGGGGCUCUGGAGACACUCACCGCAGACCAAAAAACACUGCAUGACCGCUUGGCCCUCCUAGAAGGCAAGUUCGGCACAUGGCAAGGCAGCAGCCACGGGGGAUCAUCGGCCUCCACCACCGACGACGAGAAGCGGCAACCCGCCCUCAUUAUGGGAGGGUGGCCUGAAGAUUCCCUGGCCUCAGACACCCUGCAGCAGGCGCACCAAACAGCCGCCCAACUACAUCUUGAAGUGGACCUGGGGGAGGCUUUUGUCCCCGGAAUCCGACGGGGAUAUACUAUCAUCCCCAUCAAAGCCAAAGAGGGGGAAGACGACGCUGAACGCCGCCGCAGAAUCCAACAAGCCAUCCAAAAGGUCAGGAACGCGAAUGUGGUGCUGGGGACGAAGCCGGAUGGGACGCCGCAAAAGCUAUGGAUGGCAUUGAGUCAAAGCCCACAGAGACGUGCAAAGGCAAAGCUCGCGGGGAAGACCAAACGCCUCGCUCUCGAACAAGGGGGCGAUCCACGAAGAGUGGAGGCAGAGUUUGCCACGGGCACGGUGUGGUAUCGGGGGACGAAAAUCUCCUCUGGCACUGCCACUGCACCCGCCAAUGCAACGACAGCGGGGGCAGGGUGGAUCGAUUUGGAGGCACUGGCGCGUCUCCUGAACUGUGCACCCGGCAACCUGCAGAGCGCCUGGGAGCGCAUCAAGCAAGGGACGCUCACCUUCUACUUGUUCAAGAAGUCGUUUGUGAACCAGGAGUACAAUAUGCGAGCGCUCUACCAUGAAUGGGUAGCCAACAAGUACACCCCCAACCACGCCAACGGGAUCAGGGGACAGAUGCAAAGAGCCAAUGCCCACCAGAUGACGCAAUGGUUCCAGGCGAGUGUCAAUGUACUCCACCCUCAGAUGGGGGUACUCUACAUGCCACCUACCAUCGAGGGGGGCACCGACACGACGACACCUUCAGCACCGCCUACAUCCCGGGGGCAGAGGCGUGACCAGGACCCCAACAGCCCAAAGGAGGAGGACGACAAGUACAACAAAGUCAAAAAAGAAAAGGACGAUGAGGACGAUGCGGAAAAAGCAGACUGGGGGGACACGGAAGAGGAGGAAGAAGAGGAGGCAACCACCAGGCCAUGUGAAACACCAUCGGCCUUGAAGCAAAGAUUGCCCCCCAGUCACACAGCCAAAGCAAGCGAAAGGGGCACCAGUGACGACGACAAGGAGGGGGACACCAGCAUGCCAUGUGAAACAUCAUCGGCUGCCGGUGAGGGACAAAGCCUGGACGACAAUCAAGGACUGCCACCUCUCCAAGCCCACCAACCAGAUCAACAGGAGACCCGCGAGGGGGGAAAGCAGGGCGAACUGUGGACACGGGAAGAAGAAGCAGAGGAGGAGUACGAGGAGGUGAUGCUCGACCCGGAGGAGCCCUCAACGAGAAACGAUACCAACGCCAACGAGAACACCGGUAGACCUCCACACCAACAACCUCGCCCAGCCGCACCACAGGAUUCACCAGCACUGGGGGGCGCCGCGGCAACGAAUCACUGCUUCGACGACAACGUGGGAGACCAUACACCGAGAUGCCCGACACCCGGUACAGACCUCCCAGAUCGAACACCACAGAAGGGGCAUGCGAGCCUAUCCAGCGGGGGCCCAACCUACAACCAUGACCUCCAGGAGACGAGAAAUGAGAGGACCAUAUGA